CCGCACCACAGUCGAACACAGUCUGCCUGUCCUCGCACAACAGCUUUUCUAGCCCCAGUCGUGCAGCCACAUGUCUGGCUUCUAUUCGCGCUACGUGCCCUCUACGACAAAGACCGAUGGCCUCGCAGACAUCACCGAGAAACCUAAGUCCAGCGGGGACAAGCGCAAGCGAGACCGAGAUGCGCCGAUCCAGGAGAAGAGACGCAAGAAGCUGAAGACUUCAAAGACACCAGAUCGGCCCAUUGACACCUCUCCCCUUCCUGUUGCAAAGACAGCCGCCGUGACCGCUGAAGACUCCUCAUUUGUAACGGGGAAGGGAAUCUUGGACAAAUAUCGCGUUACGGAGGCUGCAGGGUCUGAGACUCCCUCAGUUACAGUUAAAUCAAAGACCUCGAAUGCACUGCAACACGAGAAUUCCGACUUGGGAGAUGGGAAUCAACGAGAACGCGACAACAUGACAAAGAAGAAGAGAAAGAAGGAGAAGCGAGGGACGACGGGUGAACAGGAAGAGGAGGGACAAGUCGCAGCACACGCACAGAAGCACACCGCACUGCUCACGAAGUAUGCAAAGGUAAGGCAACAGGAUCAGGUGGAAACCAUGAUCGACACAGCCUCGGACGAACCGCCCGCAGAACUUCAUGGUCUUGAACCCAUACCUCAACCAGAGCAGAUAGAUGUAGUUUCAGAGAAACCAAACUACUCUAUCCUUCCACCUUGGCAAGAGAAUCCAUUGAUUGUCCCGUUGGAUUCGACCUCGACUUUCGGAUCACUCGGAAUCCGGGAGCCGUUGUUAGACAAUUUAAGAAGACUGGGACUGCGACAUGCAUUACCAAUACAAGCCUCAGUACUACCAUUAAUCCUUGAUGGUCCCUCUCAUCACUCCGGCGACCUUUGCGUAUCGGCUGCUACGGGCUCUGGUAAAACGCUCUCCUACGUUUUACCCAUUGUGGCCGAUUUGAAGGAUAUCCCAGGUACAAAGCUCAGGGCUGUCAUUGUUGUCCCCACACGAGAGCUUGUGAAGCAGGUACGGGAUCUGUGCGAUGCUUGUGCGGCAGGAACUUCUAUCAAGUUUGCAACCGCCGUGGGGAGUAAAUCUCUCACCGAAGAGCGAGAUCUGCUGAUGAAGGAAGAAAAGAUCUACGAUCCAGAGGAAUACGAGCGGUGGCAACAGCGUCCCAUCGACUGGGCCGACUUUUCGCUAUCAAGGCUGGCUCAAAAUGCGAAAGAUACGGACCCGAUGGAGGCGAUGGGCUAUGUCACACGCUAUAGGUCCAAGGUAGACGUGCUGAUUACGACGCCCGGUCGAUUAGUCGAUCAUCUCAAGUCUACCUUAGGCUUCACUCUUGACGAUGUGAAGUGGCUCGUUGUGGAUGAAGCAGACCGAUUGCUCAAUGAAAGCUAUCAGGAGUGGAUUGCUGCCGUCAAACCAGCCUUAGAGUCACGGACGGCAACCUCGGGAAGGGAUCAGAUUCUCCGCCACAUGAGGAUGGCACUCCCAAGACGAAAUGUCACCAAGAUGCUGCUUUCUGCAACCAUGACCCGAGAUCUAUCGAAGCUCAAUAGUCUGGGAUUAUGGAACCCGAAGCUGAUCGUGCUCGGUGGUACUCAAGAAAACGCAAGAGCAGCCGGAGUCGACGUCCUGCCAGAACGGCUUGAUGAGCAGCCGCAAAAAGACAGUGAAGUUGUCUAUCUGCCAGAGACCCUCAAAGAGGCCGUGGUUCCUGUCACUAAUGGUGCCGAAAAGCCGUUAUAUCUUCUGGAGCUUCUUCACAGUCAUAUCGCACUGCCUCCUACGUCCUUGAAGCCGGACCACAGCAUUGGACGUUCUUCACUGGAACCAGAUGUGGAAUCCGAGUCCACUUCGUCCUCAGAAUCUAGCUCAGAAUCCCUGACAUCUUCAGAAGACGAGCGUGGGUCGGCUACGGAUGCUCAAUCAGGCUCGCGGGGAAGGUUGACGGCUACCAGCCUCGCCGCGAAGAAGGUCUCAGAGAGUCAAGGGACGACAGCGGGACCCCGAGCUUUGGUUUUUACCCGCUCGACCGCGUCAGCUACCAGACUCUGUCGGUUAUUAUGUAUCAUCGACCCUCUUUUCGCUUCUCGAAUUUCGACCCUGACGCGCAGCACUGCCUCGUCUGCCUCAUCACGACGGGCAUUGGCAUCUUUCCGCAGGUCCAAGAUAUCAAUCUUGAUUGCCACAGACCGCGCCUCUCGUGGGCUGGAUGUGCCAGGUCUCGAACAUGUCGUCUCCUACGAUGUGCCAAACAGUCCUUUGACCUAUGUGCAUCGCGUAGGCCGAACUGCCCGGGCUGGCAGAGUCGGCCAUGCGUGGACAUUCGUUGAACAUAGGGAAGCAGCCUGGUUUUGGCGUGAGAUCGGAGGCAAAGCCAAGCACACAAUGUCGGGAACAGGGAACGACGGCGUUUCGAUCAAUAGGCAGACCAAGAUUUCGAAGCUGAAUUUGAGCGUUGAGGGAGUAGACCUCAGAAAGAGAUACGAGGCGGCUCUGCAACAACUCGAGAAAGAGGUUUUGGGCAAAUAACCAUCCAUGAAAUUGUCAAACAUGUGGUACUAUCUAUGAGCCCAAGUCUCUUUCCUAAACAUACUCCUGCAUAACUUCUAUGAUCGACGAACGGAAUGAAAAAGUUGGCCUUGUGGUUGAACUACUAUCGGCGUUCUCUUCCACGGCCGUAGUGUCCAGCGGGCUCAGUUUCUUCAUCGGGGCCGUCGCAAAGUUCAAUCGACCCGUUCUCUGUUGAAAACAUUGUAAGAUUGUGGCAGGCCAGCCGCUAGAAUUCCUUCGCUUCGUCAGACAGAGGUGUAUUCAAUUGAAGCUUAGGUGAUAUUGCGGUCGGCAUGGAGCCUCGUCAAGUCUCGCUUCGAUACAGC